AUGGCUUCCAACUCCCGAAGCACCGCGGCCGCCGCAGGUGUCGCUGCCCUCUUGGGCGGAGCCGCUUUUGUCGCCCCUAGCACCUCCAGUGGCCAACUUCGAGCAGCCAAGACGGCUUCCUCCGCUUCCACAGCCGCCCCCGUGUCUGGAAGGAUGGAGGCUUCCACCAUGGCAGUUGCGGGUGCGGCACUGGCCGUUUGCCUUGGCCGAAAGGGCACCGCGAGUGCGAAGCACCUGGUCGCGCUUAAGGCCUUCGAGAGCGAGCUGGGCGUGCAAGCGCCAGUGGGCUUCUGGGACCCCGUGGGGUUUACCUCCGACGGCGAUGUCGCGACCUUUAAGCGCCGCCGAUCCGUGGAGCUGAAGCACGGACGUAUCUCCAUGAUGGCGGCUAUGGGAUACAUCACCCCCGAGAUCACGGGCAAGCUGCCAGGCUUCCUGUCCCCAUCUGCUGGGCUGAAAUUCGCGGACAUCCCGAACGGGCUGGCUGCCGUGUCCAAGGUGCCCGUGGCAGGAUGGGCGCAGAUCGCCGCCUACUUCGGCUUUGUGGAGUUCAGCGGUGGCUUCGAGGACUACAAGACCGGCACUCCGGGAGACUACGGCUUCAAGGUCCUGACCUCCUCGGAUCCGGAGGAGAAGACCAAGAAACUUUCCGCCGAGCUUGCCAACGGCCGCCUGGCCAUGAUGGCCAUCAUCGGCAUGUUCUUCCAGGAUGGCUUCACUGGCAGCGCCUGGGGUGACUGGGCCAACUACACUGCCUCUCCCCUGCGUGCCUUCGAGAGCGAGCUCGGCGUGCAGCCGCCAGUGGGAUUCUGGGACCCCGUUGGAUUCACGGCCGAUGGCAACGCGGACGUGUUCGCCCGCCGACGCCAGACGGAGAUCAAGCACGGCAGAAUUUCCAUGCUCGCGACAAUGGGGUACAUGACUCCGGAGAUCACCGGCAAGUUUCCGGGCUACCUGUCCCCGUCUCUGGGCCUGAAGUUCGCCGACGUGCCGAACGGCUUGGCGGCCAUUUCCAAGGUGCCAGUUCUUGGUUGGGCGCAAAUCUUGGCUUACAUGGGCUUCUGCGAGGUGUCUAAGCCCCAGUCCCCCGGAACUCCUGGUGCGGCGGGCGACUUCGGCUGGAAGGUGCUGACUUCCACGGACCCAGAGGAGAAGAAGAAGAAGCUUGCUUCGGAGCUUGCCAACGGCCGCCUUGCCAUGGUCGCCAUCAUGGGCAUGCUCUUCCAGGAUGGCGUCACCGGCAGUGCCUGGGGUGGCCUGGCUCUCAACACCGCCUCUGCUUGGCGCGCAUUCGAGAGCGAGCUGGGGGUGCAGCCGCCCGUGGGAUUCUGGGACCCCGUUGGAUUCACGGCCGAUGGCAACGCCGACGUGUUCGCCCGCCGACGCCAGACAGAGAUCAAGCACGGCAGAAUUUCCAUGCUCGCGACAAUGGGGUACAUGACUCCGGAGAUCACCGGCAAGUUUCCGGGCUACCUGUCCCCGUCCUUGGGCCUGAAGUUCGCCGACGUGCCGAACGGCUUGGCGGCCAUUUCCAAGGUGCCAGUUCUUGGUUGGGCGCAAAUCUUGGCUUACAUGGGAUUCUGCGAGGUGUCUAAGCCCCAGUCCCCCGGAACUCCUGGUGCGGCGGGCGACUUCGGCUGGAAGGUGCUGACUUCCACGGACCCAGAGGAGAAGAAGAAGAAGCUUGCUUCGGAGCUUGCCAACGGCCGCCUUGCCAUGGUCGCCAUCAUGGGCAUGCUCUUCCAGGAUGGCGUCACCGGCAGUGCCUGGGGUGGCCUGGCUCUUAACACCGCCUCUGCUUGGCGCGCAUUUGAGAGCGAGCUGGGGGUGCAGCCGCCCGUGGGAUUCUGGGACCCCGUUGGAUUCACGGCCGAUGGCAACGCCGACGUGUUCGCCCGCCGACGCCAGACGGAGAUCAAGCACGGCAGAAUUUCCAUGCUCGCGACAAUGGGGUACAUGACUCCGGAGAUCACUGGCAAGUUCCCGGGCUACCUGUCCCCGUCCUUGGGCCUGAAGUUCGCCGACGUGCCGAACGGCUUGGCGGCCAUUUCCAAGGUGCCAGUUCUUGGUUGGGCGCAAAUCUUGGCUUACAUGGGCUUCUGCGAGGUGUCUAAGCCCCAGUCCCCCGGAACUCCUGGUGCGGCAGGCGACUUCGGCUGGAAGGUGCUGACUUCCACGGACCCAGAGGAGAAGAAGAAGAAGCUUGCUUCGGAGCUUGCCAACGGCCGCCUUGCCAUGGUCGCCAUCAUGGGCAUGCUCUUCCAGGAUGGCGUCACCGGCAGUGCCUGGGGUGGCCUGGCUCUUAACACCGCCUCUGCUUGGCGCGCAUUCGAGAGCGAGCUUGGUGUGCAGCCGCCUGUGGGAUUCUGGGACCCCGUUGGAUUCACGGCCGAUGGCAACGCCGACGUGUUCGCCCGCCGACGCCAGACAGAGAUCAAGCACGGCAGAAUUUCCAUGCUCGCGACAAUGGGGUACAUGACUCCGGAGAUCACCGGCAAGUUUCCGGGCUACCUGUCCCCGUCCUUGGGCCUGAAGUUCGCCGACGUGCCGAACGGCUUGGCGGCCAUUUCCAAGGUGCCAGUUCUUGGUUGGGCGCAAAUCUUGGCUUACAUGGGCUUCUGCGAGGUGUCUAAGCCCCAGUCCCCCGGAACUCCUGGUGCGGCGGGCGACUUCGGCUGGAAGGUGCUGACUUCCACGGACCCAGAGGAGAAGAAGAAGAAGCUUGCUUCGGAGCUUGCCAACGGCCGCCUUGCCAUGGUCGCCAUCAUGGGCAUGCUCUUCCAGGAUGGCGUCACCGGCAGUGCCUGGGGUGGCCUGGCUCUUAAUACCGCCUCUGCUUGGCGCGCAUUCGAGAGCGAGCUUGGUGUGCAGCCGCCUGUGGGAUUCUGGGACCCCGUUGGAUUCACGGCCGAUGGCAAUGCCGACGUGUUCGCCCGCCGACGCCAGACGGAGAUCAAGCACGGCAGAAUUUCCAUGCUCGCGACAAUGGGGUACAUGACUCCGGAGAUCACCGGCAAGUUUCCGGGCUACCUGUCCCCGUCCUUGGGCCUGAAGUUCGCCGACGUGCCGAACGGCUUGGCGGCCAUUUCCAAGGUGCCAGUUCUUGGUUGGGCGCAAAUCUUGGCUUACAUGGGCUUCUGCGAGGUGUCUAAGCCCCAGUCCCCCGGAACUCCUGGUGCGGCGGGCGACUUCGGCUGGAAGGUGCUGACUUCCACGGACCCAGAGGAGAAGAAGAAGAAGCUUGCUUCGGAGCUUGCCAACGGCCGCCUUGCCAUGGUCGCCAUCAUGGGCAUGCUCUUCCAGGACGGCGUGACCGGCAGCGCUUGGGGUGGCCUUGCCCUCAACACGGCUUCGGCCUGGCGAUGA